CGGGCGCUCCCCGCGGCGGGGUUCAGUCUGCCUGCAGGGAAGACGAGGCUUCCCCGACCGCCCCCAGGCCGGGAACCUCUCAGGAAGCGGCACCUACGGCACGGGCAGCUUUCCCUACAUCUGUCCUCUUCUCGCUCUCUGUCCUGAAGUGACUGCCCGUUCCUUGGGUCGGGUUCUGAAGACCUUUUAGAGAAGAUCCUGGCCUUGGAGCGGCACCGGGGACUGGACCCGGCCCAUGGAGAAGCUGCCUGAGCAGACGUCCCCGGAGUCCCCGUGUCCGUCCCUCGAGCAGGAGCCUCGAAAGAGCAAGGAUGGUGAGACCUGGACUGAGGAUCAAUUAAUUAUAAAGCAGAAAACUCUUGAAGUAGGGACACAGCCACAUGAAGGAGAGGAAUGUGAACGAAACAAACAUGCGGGACCCUAUGGGUAUGGACAGAAUUUUGGUCCUAUCUCAGACUUUAUCCGACAGCCACACAUUCUUAUGGAAGAGAAAUCUCAAAUGUGCAACACUUGUGGCAAGCUAUUCAGACGGAACACAUACCGUAUUCAGCACGAAAAAAUCCACACACAGGAGAAGCCUUAUGAGUGUCAUGAAUGUGGAAAAGCCUUUGGCCAUAGUUCAAAUCUCAUUCAGCAUCAAAGGAUCCACACCGAGGAGAAACCCUACGAAUGCGGUGAGUGUGGGAAGGUCUUCCGGCGCAGCUCACACCUCAUCCAGCAUCAGAUCAUCCACACGGGGGAGAUGCCUUACCUGUGUAAUGAGUGCGGAAAAGCUUUCGGUCGGAGCUCAAGUCUCCUUCGACAUCAGAGAAUCCACACUAUGGAGAAGCCCUAUGAAUGUACCGAAUGUGGGAAGGCCUUCAGCCAGAGCUCAAAUCUAACAGAACAUAGGCGAGUUCACACCAGAGAGAGACCAUACGAAUGCUGCGACUGUGGGAAAGCUUACAGUCGUAACUCACACCUCAUCGAACAUCAGAGAGUCCAUACAGGGGAGACUCCUUAUGACUGUAAUGAGUGUGGAAAAUCUUUCAGUAGGAGUUCACUCCUUAUCAAACAUCAUAGAAUUCACACUGGAGAAAGACCCUAUGAGUGUAGUGAAUGCGGGAAGGCCUUUAGUCGGAACUCCCACCUUAUUCAGCACCAGAAGACUCACAGUGGGGUAAAACCUUCUGAAUGUAAAGAAUGUGGGAAAACCUUCAAGUACAGUUCAUACCUUAUUGAUCACCUGGGAAUCCAUUCAUGA